CAGCCAGAAAAUAAAAAUGGAGUGGCUACCCCUCCUGCUGUUUCUGACGCAGUGGUCAGGUGCCCCCGGGCAGCGCUCGCAGCUGAAUGACUUCCAAGUGCUCCGGGGCACAGAACUGCAGCACCUGCUACAUGCAAGGGAGCCUGGGACUUGGCAGGAGAAUGUGACCAACGUGGAGGAGUGUGCGGGGCAAUGUGGGCCUCUUCUGGACUGCCGGGCUUUCCACUACAAUGUAAGCACUCAUGGUUGCCAGCUGCUGCCCUGGACCCAGUACUCUCUCCACACAAGACUGCGCCGUUCAGGACACUGUGAUCUCUUCCAGAAGAAAGAUUAUGUGCGAAACUGCAUCAUGGACAAUGGGGCCAGGUAUCGUGGCACCGUGGCCACCACCACGGACGGCUUGCCCUGCCAGCACUGGAGGCACAAGUUCCCCGUUGACCACAAAUACACGCCCACCCUCCGGAAUGGCCUGGAGGAGAAUUUCUGUCGCAACCCUGAAGGGGACGCCAGAGGCCCUUGGUGCUACACUACUGACCCGGUCAGGCGCUUCCAGAGCUGUGGCAUCAAGUCCUGCCGCGAGGCGGCUUGCGUUUGGUGCAACGGCGAGGAUUACCGCGGCUUGGUGGACCGCACCGAGUCGGGACGCGAGUGCCAGCGUUGGGACCUGCAGCACCCGCACCCGCACCCCUUUGAGCCCAGCAAGUUCCUGGACAAAAGCCUGGACGACAACUACUGCCGGAAUCCGGACAGCUCCGAGAGGCCUUGGUGCUACACCACGGACCCGCAGGUCGAGCGGGAGUUCUGCGACCUCCUCAGCUGCGGGGUCCCUGGGUUUCCCCUAGGGCCCGAGGCACAGUCGCGUCAAGAGGCCACGACGCUCAACUGCUUCGGCGGGAAGGGCGAGGGUUACCGGGGCACGGCCAACACCACGACCGCAGGCGUGCCCUGCCAGCGCUGGGACGCCCAGAGCCCGCAUCAGCACCGCUUUGUCCCGGAGAAAUACGCGUGCAAGGACCUUCGGGAGAACUUCUGCAGGAACCCCGACGGCUCGGAGGCGCCCUGGUGCUUCACAUCACGGGCGGGCAUGCGCAAGGCCUUCUGCUACCAGGUUCCGCGCUGCACGGACGACGUGCGGCCUCUGGAAUGCUACCACGGAGCUGGGGAGCAGUACCGCGGCUCGGUGAGCAAGACCCGCAAGGGCGUCCUGUGCCAGCCCUGGUCCGCCAAGACGCCGCACAAGCCGCAGUUCACACCGGCCCAGCACACGGAACUGGAGGCGAACUACUGCCGGAACCCAGACAGGGACCGCCACGGGCCCUGGUGCUACACCACGGACCCGGGGACCCCGUUCGACUACUGUGCGCUGCCGCGCUGCGCCCACGACCAGCCGCCGUCCAUCUUGGAGCCCCCAGACCAGGUGCUGUUUGAGGAGUGCGGCCUGCGGCUGGACCGGCCCAACUAUUGGCGCUCCAAGAUGCGCGUAGUAGGGGGCCAGCCCGGAAACUCUCCCUGGACAGUCAGCCUGCGUAACCGGAAGGGCCAGCACCUGUGCGGGGGAUCCCUCGUGAAGGAGCAGUGGGUGCUGACAGCUCGGCAGUGCUUUACUGCCUGCCAUGCGCCUCCCCCGGGUUAUGAGGUGUGGCUGGGCACCAUGUUCCAGAGCCCGCAGCCGGGGGAGCCAGACCUGCAGCGGAUCCCUGUGGCCAGGAUGGUGUGUGGGCCGCCACGCUCCCAGCUUGUCCUGCUCAAGCUGGAGAGGCCAGCCGCCUUGAACCAGCGAGUGGCUCUUAUCUGCCUGCCCCCUGAGCGGUACGUGGUGCCUGCGGGGACCAAGUGUGAGAUCGCCGGCUGGGGCGAAACCCUGGGCACAGGUGACAGCCGGGUUCUGAACGUGGCCUUGCUGAGAGUCAUCUCCAACUCGGAAUGUAACGUCAAGCAGCGGGGACGCGUGCAGGAGAACGAGCUGUGCACCCAGAGUCUGAUGGUCCCUGUGGGGGCCUGUGAGGGUGACUACGGUGGCCCGCUGUCCUGCUUCACUCAUGACUGCUGGGUCCUGGAGGGCAUCAUCAUCCCCAACCGAGUGUGCGCGCGGCCCGGCUGGCCAGCCGUCUUCACUCGGAUCUCCAUGUUUGUGGACUGGAUUCACAAGGUCAUACAGCUGGGCUAGGCCUGGCUCUGGCCACAAGUGCCUCGGGGGAGGAUGGUGCUUCCGGUCGGACAUAAAGUCACUUGUCCUCUUUA